AUGUUUCGUCAAGACAUCUCCACUACCAAAGGCGACGAAGUUGCACCGUGCGGAAGGCGGAAGACGAGCGUUUCGAAGCGCGGCCAGCUUGCGCCUACACCGCUGUCUGCAAUUCCCUCUAUAUAUUUCAAUAAGGACUUUCACCUCGAGAAUCCGCGCAUUUUCGAUGUUGUCAGUGAGCAUACGGAGGUUGUAAGGCAGCCACUGUCCACCAUCGGAGAAGGUGAUGACAUUGCUGCAAAUGGUGACCCGCAGCCUACUAGGAAGACGCUUACUACCUAUAGCAUCUUGCAAGAGAAGCUAUCGUGGUACAUAGACACUGUAGAGAUUCAUUUGGUAUUUUCGAUUUCGCAAGCGUCAGCCUCUUUUUUCGCCGCGCUCGGCUCCCUUCGUGAACUCCAGGCCGAGGCAGCCGACUCUGUCACAAAGAUCCAGAAGCUGAGGAAGGACCUCGCGCAUUUGGACAAAGAGAUGGUAGUGCGCGGUUUUGAGAUCAUCAGCUCGAAGCGAAGACGGGACAAUCUGACAAAGCUGGGCGAGGCUACCAAACAGCUUCAAUGUGUCCUCAGCGGUGCCAGUCAUUGCGAGGAACUCGUAGACUCUGGGCGGCUGGAGACGGCAGUGCAACAUAUCUCGUACGUCGAACAGCUUGCAUCCGGAACGCUGGAUCCGAAAAUUGGCGGCGAGUUGCAUUGGUUGCUGCCGAACCCAUUCAUCAGGCUUACCGAUCUACGCCGACUGCACGCUAUUGGAGGACUGCUGCGAGACAUCGACCAGCUUCGCCUGCGGAUUGGGAAAGGUUAUGAAGCCCGAUUGCUGAACGUCCUUUUGGGCGACCUGCGCCGACAUGUGUCCGACGCACCGCCCAGAGACACUCUGGCACGCUGGACAAAACGCGCACGGGGCGUAACGGAUGCCUCCUCAUCGACAUCCAUGAUGAUGGCAGAAAAGCUGCGCGAAGAACUCAUCCCUGUUCUGCAGGGCCUUGGCCAGUCGCAGUAUCUAACUGCAGCAAACACCACGUUUCAUGAAGCUGUCAUCCGAGAAAUGAAGUCUCUUAUACGCCAGCACUUGCCGAGCUCUACUGACGACGAUAGUGAGUCUGUCACGUCUGCAUCCGCGCGGGCAAGCGGUCGACGUCCGACCCAGCAGGAAAUGUCGAGCAUUCUGUCUCGCAAUUUGCGUGCUCUCAGUCCCGAGGAUGCCGAGGCGUUCUUCGUCAAGGUCUACUGCGGGAUAGGCGAAGCAUUACGGAGGCUUAGUGUACAGGUCAAGGUUCUCCUCGAUAUCACAAGCAGCAUGAAGACUUCAAGCAACCUACUCACUCCGGUCCAAAGCCCGGGAAGCAAGGGCAAUCCGGCUGUCCCUUCGCCCAGCCUUUCGAUGGGAUGUAAUUUGCAGGAAGAGAUAACUCAAGCCCUUGACAUGUCGAGCCUCCUCGUACAGGCAGUGGACAAGUCACAAUCAGAGAUCACAAAGGUGCUGCGAGUCAGAACCGAGCAAACGGUUUGCCUUGGAUUGACCGAUUUCCUAGGCUACUUCACGCUGAAUCGCCUGUUUGUCAAUGAAUGCGAGGCAGUCUCUGGACACUCUGGAGAGGCCCUUAAAGGCGUCGUGAACAACCAAAUUCACGACUUUAUCCUGCUUCUGCACGAAGUAGAAAAGCAAAAGCUGGUGCAAAAGAUGGAGUCUGAGAAGUGGGAGCGCAUCGACUUCAAGCCCCAGGACGCAUUGAUCCUGGCGCACAUUGUCCAGUCCAUGACCACUGAUCCCCCGGCAUGGCUCGGUUGCACAGAUGUCAGUACCGCAGGCCUGGAAGCAGGCGAACUGAAUUUGCAGAAAACCCGCACCCCUGCGGAGCCGACGAGUGCUGCUAAGCAAAAUAAGAAAGACCCGACACUGGCGGUCAUCGAGGGCGAGAAGUUUACGCUCGUUGAUUCGGCAGCAUUUGCGCUUCGCAGUAUAGAACAAUACACAAUCCUGCUGGCAUCGGUCCCCGGCAUGGUCAACGACAUCUCCACGCUCCUACUCGACUAUCUCAAACUGUACAACUCUCGCACACAACAGCUUAUUCUCGGUGCCGGCGCUAAAAUACCAGCUGGGCUGACCAAUAUCAAUACCAAGCACCUUGCCCUUGCCUCGCAGUCGCUGUCCUUCUUCAUUGCUCUGAUACCCUACGUGCGUGAGUGUGUUCGUCGUCGACCAUCCAUCACAGGCUCCGGCAUGGCAGAAUAUGACCGGUUGAAGCGCUUAUUCCAAGACCAUCAGUCCACUAUCCACGACAAGCUGGUCGACAUAAUGAGUCUUCGCGCGACCGUUUGCAUCAGAGAGAUGAAUAAGAUCAAGUGGGAUGACGAAGAUGAGGUGCAGAGGAGCGUCAGUCCACACAUGGAGACGCUCACGAAAGAGGCGCUCACGCUACAACGAGUGCUGAGCAAGUACCUGCCUGCGUUGAACGUGAGCGUGAUUGUCGGACAGGUCUUUACGAACUACAAGGAGCAAUGGAGUAAGGCUUUCGAAGGUGCGGCGAUACGGACCGAGGCCGGAAAAGCGAGGUGA